GUUUAAUUGAGCCUCGUGUAAGUUUAGUAUAAAACCGAUUAAAAACGUGCGUUUUGAAACAGCUGUGCCGACGAAAAUUCACCAAAGAUGAAGAUUACAGCAACAUGUCUUACAGUAGUCUUUCUGUUUGUUUCUUUAAGUGAAGCUUACAUUAGAGAUGAUUCCAAUACUCCAAGUACUGUACGGGUUGCUUCAAAGCCUCAAUGGGAAAAAAACUUCGAGAAUGGAGGACUAUCGACUCUGCCAUUAGUUCGUUUUGGAAAUAAACUCUAUUAUUUGGGCCUUCACGUAACGGAGAGUUGGAUAAAUGCUAUCACAUUUUGCAAAACCCUACAGAUGGAGUUGCUAUCAAUUAAUUCAGCACUUGAGAAUGAAAAAAUCGGAAAGUUCGUAAGAGAACAAGGUAUCCAUAAUCGAUAUUGGAUUGGGGGAGCAAGAUUCGUAGAUGACCGUCAAUAUUUGUGGGUACCUUAUGGAACAGAAAUUCAGUACAGCAACUGGCCUCCCGGUCAUCCAGUACAGAAUGCUCAUAAGUGUAUAUUAGUGCAGAUAUUCGGUGCCCAGCUCAAUUGGGUUGAGGGAGACUGCAACGUACCACUAAAUUUCAUUUGUGAAAAAUAUGUGGAAAAUUAUGGCCCUUCACUGGGGUCUAUUUGAACGCAACUACUAAUAUUUUAAGAAAAGUAUUAGAUGUGAUAUUUAACUCAAAUUAUUUUGUUAAAUAAAGAUUUUUUAUAAUUAAAAAUUCAUAAUUACAA